UUGAAGCGUUUAAAAUUGAAAUAUAUUAAACUAGUACAGAUUUAAUUAAAAUGUCAAAAACGAAUACGGGAUUAAUCAGACCCACUUACAGUGCUCCAUUAGUGAUUUUACUGACACCCUUAAUUAUAAUUUUUCAAAUCCUUUUAUAUGUUUAUCGGGUAUUUUUUCCAAAAACAGUUGCGAAAAGUAUUACCGGCGAUAUAGCAGUGGUAACUGGGGGAGCAGGAGGUCUUGGCAGAGCUAUUUCUGUGGAACUCGCUAAACAAGGUUGCCACAUUGUGAUUGUUGAUGUCAAUUUUGAGUUAGCGGAGCAAACGGCGACAUCCAUUCAUGAAAAAUAUAAAGUGAAAACGAAAGCUUAUAAGGUCGAUGUUACAAACUACGACGAGGUAGUGGAACUUAAUAAAAAUAUUAGCAAUGAUAUAGGAAAAGCCACCAUUUUAGUAAAUAAUGCUGGUAUACUUUCAUUAUCUGACCCUUUCAAUCCCGAUCCAAUAGAAGUUCAAAGAAUGAUUAAUGUUAACUUGACAUCACAUUUUUGGACAAAUCGUGUAUUUUUACAAAAUAUGAAGGAAUUGAAUAAAGGUCACAUUGUUGCUAUAAGUUCUGUUGCAGGUUUAAUGCCUCUACCUUUCAAUGCACAAUAUACCAGUACGAAAUAUGCAGUACGUGGAUUAAUGGGUGCUUUAAAACUGGAGUUGGUGAUGCAAGAAAGGAGGUGUAUUAAAACGACAACAGUUUUUCCAACAUUCUUAGAUACAAAUUCAGAAGCUGUAAGACUUCUUGAGAAAUCUAAUUCUAAUAAAAUCUUUAUUUUGCAUAACGGCGAAGAAGUUGCCAAGCGCAUUAUCCAAGGCGUACUGCGAAAUGAAGAAAUUAUUGCAAUUCCUGAUAUAGCAUCACUGUUCACAAGAUGCCUAGAGUUUUGGCCACACGAUAUCAUCGCUUUUUUUAUCUCAAUGACAUAUUCAAAAAAUGUAAGUAAAGAAUUCAAGGAUCUGGCGAAAAAAAAACUAUAAAAAUUAGUUAAGAAUCCCAUUAUUAUUUUAAAUAUUGUUAAUUAUUAUUGUUUAAUAAUGUAUAUUAAUAAAACUUGUAUUAUUGGUUUAAAGUUAUGGAAAAGUUAUGUAUAUUAAUAAAUCUUGUAUU